AUGGAGCCACACCUUCCUGGAAUCUCUGAUUCCUGUAAUCUUCUUCUUACCUUUAGGGCCAUUUUUUUCUUCUUCUUAACCGUUCCUGUUCGUAAACACUUUUGCGAUAAUUCUUUUCUUCUUUUCUUCUUCUUAAAAUUCUCUCUCCUUCAUCUUAUUUUCUUCUUGUUUUUUUUCUUACUCUUUUUUAUUUUUUCUCCUCCUUCAACUGUUUUUUUUUCUUCUUUCUUCUUCUUUGUCAUUUCAACGUUUCCUCCUCAACUUUUUUUAUUUUUCUUCCCCCUUUCAUUCAUCUUUCUUCUUCGCUCUAUGAAUAUUAUUCUUUUCGAUUUUAUUUUCUUUUGUUGGUGUUUCUCUUUUUCUCAUCAUUCUAAAUUUUUAUUUUUCUCUUUUUUUUUCUUCUUCUUACCCUUUCAUUCCUUCUUUUCUUUUUUCUCUUUUUUCUUCCUUUUCGCUUUUCUCUUUUUCCUCCCUUUUCUCUUUUCGUUUCGCUUUCCCUUUUCUCUUUUUCCUUCACUUUCUCUUUUCGUUUCUCUUUCCCUUUUCUCUUUUUCCUCCCUUUUCUCUUUUCGUUUCUCUUUCCCUUUUCUCUUUUUCCUCCCUUUUCUCUUUUCGUUUCUCUUUCCCUUUUCUCUUUUUCCUCCCUUUUCUCUUUUCGUUUCUCUUUCCCUUUUCUCUUUUUCCUUCACUUUUUCUCUUUUCGUUUCUCUUUCCCUUUUCUUUUUCCUUUACUUUUUCUUUUUUUCUCUUUUCCCUUCCUUUUCUUUUUCCUCCUUUUUCUCUUUUUGUUUUCUUUCCUUUUCUUUUUCCUUCUUUUCUUUUCUUUCUUUUCUUUUCCUCUUUCCCUUUUCUCUUAUCCCUCUCUUUCUCUUUUCGUUUCUCUUUUUGCUCACUUUUCUCUUUUCGUCUCUCUUUCUCCUUUUUUAUUUUCCUCCCUUUUCUCUUUUUGUUUCUCUUUUCCCCUUUCUCUUUUCUCUUCCUUUUCUCUUUUCGUUUCUCUUUUUGCUCCUUUUUCUCUUUUCGUUUCUCUUUCCCCUUUCUCUUUUUCUCUUCUGUCGUCUCGAUUUUGAUUCCUUCUUUCUUUCUCUUCAACUUUUUUCAGUUCCUUCUUCCGGGCAUCUGACAACCGAGCAAAGAGAAUCAUCGAAAUGGAAGAUGCUUCAAAUUGUUUGCUUUUCAACCGAACGGAUUUCCCCAGUCACCCUCACAUCCGUUACUCUUCCUUAUCGCCACCCCACCCUCCGUGUCGGACAUAUUCAGACACCCUGUAGCUCACUGCUUUCUCCAGCCUCCGAGGGACAUUUCUCCAAAUAA